UCUCUUAGGUCAGGAAGAUUUUUUUCAUAAUGAAGUGCUCUCUUGGACUUUUUCUGUUGGUCUGCUGUGUGACUCUAAGCUUAGGCGUUAAGCAUUAUGGAAUCCGAUUCUCCUCUGCAGGCUCGUCUCUUCGAUGUUACAAGUGUGAGGAUUACACUGGGGGCCGAUGCACAGUGCAGCAAGUUUGUUCUUAUGAGGAUGCAUGUUUAUAUCUUCAUGAGAAAGGUGGGAAGACCAUUCGCCGGUGCAUUCGUUACACUGACUGUGAUAACUCUCGUCUGUCUCAGAAGUUUCCGUCGAUAUCAGAAUAUACUUACAGGUGCUGCAACACUGACCUGUGUAACAGCGGCCCAGCGACCGCGGCAAGCACGUGGAUCUUAUCUCUGCUGGCGCUGCUCACCAGCCUCUGGUCCUGCUGCAUCACUGCUUGAUCUCUCACUAGUGUCCUCGAAGGCUAUUUCUUGCCAUACC